AUGGAAGAAAUCGUUUUUCUUCUGUUCUGGCAAACAUUUGGAGGUAAGAAAAUCAAUUUGCUGGUGUCAACACUACGUGAAUUCAACCUUGGAUGGCUGGAAGAUUGGUAUUUUUGCGGUUUGUCAAUUGCUCCUCAAUGUUUCCUGAUGCUUACUGUUUAUCCAUAUAGUAUUCCACCUUGUGGAUUAGGUUUGGUUAUUGAUAUUGUUGUUAACUUUCACAAGAAAGAGAUAUGCGAAGCUGUUACUAUCAUUGAAACUCGUCCUUUGGUUGUUGUUGGAGUGGUGGGAUAUGCGAAGACUCCUUGUGGCCUUUGUACUGUGCAUGCUGUUUGGGCUCAGCAUCUAAGAGAGGAAGUUAAAAGACGUUUCUACCAGAACUGGUGCAAAUAUAAGAAAAGGCUUUCCCCAGGUAUACGAAAAAAUAAAAAGAAAGAAACUGAGGAAGGAAAGAAAGACAUUGAAUCUCAACUUGGGAAGUUGAAGAAAUAUGCAACUUACAUUCGUGUUCUGGCUCAUACUCAUAUAAGGAAGUUGAAGGGUCUAAAGCCGAGGAAGGCACAUUUGAUGGAGAUUCAAGUCAAUGUUGGGACAGUAGCACAGAAAGUGAACUUUGCAUAUGGCUUCUUUGAGAAGCAUAUCCCAGUGGAUGCAGUUUUCCAAAAGGAUGAGAUGAUAGACAUCAUUGGUGUGACCAAGGGUAAGGGUUAUGAAGGUGUCGUAACUCGAUGGGGUGUCACUUGCCUUCAACGCAAGACCCACAAAGCUUUAAGGAAGGUUGCUUGUAUUGGUGCUUAUCAUGCCAGAGCUGGUCAGAAUGGAUAUCAUAAGUAG